CUUCUCCUCUUCCUCGCGCCUAAACCCCCCGCCGUGAUAGUUGUCAAUUGUGUCUGUGGUAGCAAUUGACCCUGGGAAUAUUUCAAGAUGACGAUCAACCCGACCUUCCUCGCCCAGCGCACGCGCUCCUCUGUGAACUGGUCCGAUGCCCGGUUCCGUGUCCUCAAGAACUACAGAGAAUGGCUCAGAGCGUCCCCUGAGAUCCAGACCAUGUACUCUCUGAACAUCCCCGUCUCCGCCAUCCGCACCAAGAUCCGCCAGGAAUUCGAGAAGCACCGCUACGUGAGCCAGCUGAAGGUGGUGGAUGUGCUGCUCUUCCAGAGUCACGCCGAGUUCCAGGAAACCCUCAACUUCUGGAAGCAGCUCUCGCACGUCAUGAAGUACUUCCGGCCAGAGGAGGACCCGGGCGCCCGCCUACCCCCCAACUUCAUCUCGGGGUUCUUGGAGGGCCGCAAUUGAGUUCUGAUUUCCUUUGUGUGUUUUUCAUCUUUGCAUCGUUUACGUUUCCAGGGAGAGGGACGACUCUGAUAGAGUGUGUUAUGUAUAUACUGUUUAAAAUAGCUAACGUCGGCUUUCGGUUUCCG